AUGGCGACAGGAAUGCAGGAAGAGCUCUGGUCAGAGACGUGGAAGAGACAGGCGUGCGACAGCCAAAGUGACGGCAGUUUGUCCUACCGAAGCUGUGCCAGUGCUGCUAGCAGUGAGGUGGAAAGAGGUGCAUCGAGUGCAGUAUCUGAUGGGGAGCAGCGCCCACAGGCUGCACGGGCUGCAGCGGCUGCAGUCAUUACACAGCAGGAGUUGCAGGACGUUAUCGCAGAGCUCGAGCAGAAGUGGGGCGAGUGCUGUGGCCUGUAUGUACAUGGUUCCACAAUAUUUGCUAACCAACUCUGCCCACACGACCUGGACUUGAUUGCCGUCAUCGAUCAUGCGAAGCAAGAGGUGCUGCAGGACUCGCCAGACUCGCAGUUCACCCUGGGCCGCUGUGAGGUGUCCGUGUAUGAGCGUCGAUGCUUCUUUGAGAAGCUGCAUGCCAUGGACCUGACCAUGCUGACCUGUCUUUCCACCCCAAAGCGCUUUGUGCUGAAAGAGCUCCAGGAUGAGCGCCUUCGAAACUUCGAGCUGGACCUGCGAUUGCUGGAGGAGUCUGUCACAUCCUAUGCAGAGUAUACCUGGCUGAAGGCACAGCGUGUCCUGAACGAUUGGAAGGAUCCGUACAAGUCCAGCAAGAACGCAUACUUCGUCUUUCGUGUGCUGGAGUUCGGCUGCCAGCUUGCGGAUCAUGGGCGCAUUGUUGAUCUCAAGGCCGCAAACCAUAUGUGGGACGUCAUCAAGGAGCUCUACCAGGUACUGAACAUCCAGCCGCAGGAGGAGGACGUCAUCGAGGCCGUCCUGGCCAGGCACUUCAAGGACUCCCUGGCGUGCUUCGAGGCCAAGGUGUCGGCGGCGCGCCAGCGCGAGCGCGGAGAGCGCGGAGGUUCGGAGGCAGAGGCAAAGAAGGCGGAGGAGACCCGGUCCGUGGAGGCGUCCAAGGCACCAAACUGGGACACCUGCGUCAUUUGCCUUGAGUCCACCAGCGGGUGUGGAAAGAAAGAGUUGAACCAACUAUUGCAAUCUCCAAGUGAUGCCAACGUGGCAGAAACCUGGGUGCAGCUGGUGAACUGUCGGCACUGUUUCCACACGACCUGCAUCGCUGACGCUGUUCGGGCCAGCCUCAAAGCCGACAGAACUCUGCGACACGCCGCCUGCCCCGUCUGCAGGGCCUCUGUGGUCUUCGACUUCCAGGCGAGGUCCACUUUGAGCCGACGGCGGAGGAAGCGACCUAUGUCCUUCGCGGGGUACCCGGCCACGAUCAGAAAUCCGGAAGACCGGCAUCGCGAUGGUCGUCGUGGCCGUGAGAAUCGCGAUGACCGCAAUGACCGUGGUGAUCGUGAUCACGAUCGGGUGAACACAGCAGCCCGUCCGCUACGGAACCGAGCAUAUCAAGCUCGGCGGGCAUGA